CUCGCCGAACUCUCUUGCUCUUCUCAACUCUUCCCCACUCUGCCUCGGGAAGAAGCCUUGAAGCCCUUUUUAUAGUGAGCUCUCAAACAUCGCGUGCGAGAUUUAUGGGCUUAUAGUAGAGAUCAGCCCAUUUCAGCCUAAUAAUUCAAUGGGCUGAUCCAGGCUCAGCCCACUAUCUCUUGACUGAACAGUGAAUUCACGUAGCCCCCAAUCUCUCUGUUUACACAAGAGCGUCCAGUCUUCCUCCAAAGGCUGCUGUUGAGUCGAUCCCCGGGUUCAAGGUAUUCCGUUUCCGUUUACACGAAGCAUUCUGUCUGUGUUCACAAAAAAACAUUCAAUCGUCGUUCUCCAAAAGUUGCGUCUCCAUCGGCUUCUGAGUUCAAGUUGUACCUUCGCUCCAGUGCCUGCUGCUCACUACCACUGCUGCUCCCACACCAUCACUGACCUCCAGUCAAAGUUCCAUUCAAAUCAACAAAACAUAGUGACGAUCUCAGCUGGUUUCCUGGUCACCCAUCCUUACAACUCUCUCCACAAACAAUGAUGAGAGAGAACUGCGAGUGAAGCUGAACAGAAAAAAUGACCAAUAAUAAUAAUAAUAUUCCAGUGAAUGAAAUGCACUGGCCUCUGGUGGAUAAAGCUGACAAGAAGAAGCCCAAAAUUAGGGAUUUGCCCUAUUGUCAGGGGGACCGUUGAGAAACGACUUGUGGAGGAAGUCCAAAAGAAUGACACACUGAUAAUUGUUGGUGAAACUGGAAGCGGAAAAACAACACAGUUACCUCAGUUUCUACUCCAUGGUGGAUUUUGUCAUGAUGGAAAAAUCAUUGGGAUCACUCAACCCAGACGCGUUGCAGCUGUCACUGUUGCAAAACGGGUAGCUGAAGAGUGUGGUGUUGAGUUGGGUCAAAAGGUUGGAUAUUCCAUAAGAUUUGAGGAUGUUACUUCUAGUUCAACGAGGAUCAAGUAUAUGACAGAUGGAUUGCUACUAAGGGAAGCAUUACUGGAUCCAUUUCUCUCUAGGUAUUCAGUUAUCAUUGUUGAUGAAGCUCAUGAGAGAACCAUUCACACUGAUGUGUUGUUGGGCUUAUUGAAAAAUGUACAAAAUGCAAGGUCAAGAUCUAUCAAUAAAUGUCUUAAUAUUGAAAAUACGGAGGCAAACUAUGGCAAACUGUUGAAGAGAGAAAAUGAUGCUAACUGUGCCAGUAUUCUCAAGAGCUGCCAAGGUGUAAAAUUCCCUUCCUUGAAGUUGAUCAUAAUGUCUGCCAGCUUGGAUGCACGGGGUUUCUCUGAGUACUUUGGUGGUGCAAGAUCUGUAUACAUUCAAGGGCGACAGUUUCCUGUGGAUAUUUUUUAUACCCAUCAUGCUGAGCCAGAUUAUGUAGAUGCAGCCUUAAUUACUAUAUUUCAGAUUCAUUUGGAGGAGGGCCCUGGUGAUAUACUUGUAUUUUUGACUGGGCAAGAAGAGAUUGAAUCUGUUGAGAGACUUGUGCAAGAGCGACUUCGGCAAUUACCUGAAGGAAGUCAAAAGCUUCUAACUGUUCCCAUAUUCUCAUCUCUCCCCUCAGAACAGCAAAUGAAAGCUUUCAUGCCAGCUCCAGCUGGGUUCCGUAAGGUAAUAUUGGCAACAAAUAUUGCUGAGACAUCGGUUACAAUUCCUGGAAUCAAGUAUGUUAUAGAUCCUGGAGUGGUGAAAGCGCGCACUUACAAUGCACAUACGGGGAUUGAGUCAUUGGAUAUUGUUAAAACGUCAAAAGCACAGGCUCUUCAAAGGAGUGGACGUGCAGGGCGUGAAAGACCUGGGAAGUGCUUUCGGCUCUACCCAGAGAGUGAAUUUGGACAACUUGCAGAUUCUACAGAGCCAGAGAUCAAGCGUUGCAACCUCUCAAAUGUCAUUUUGCAGCUUAAGGCUUUAGGUGUGGAUGAUAUUAUUGGGUUCGACUUCUUGGAAAAACCAUCAAGGAUGGCUAUUGUCAAAUCAUUGGAGCAGUUGUUCUUGCUAGGUGCUAUAACAGAUGAUUCUAAGCUGUCAGAUCCUAUUGGGCAUCAAAUGGCUCGUCUGCCUUUAGACCCUGUUUAUUCCAAAGCUCUCAUCCUAGCUAGUCAGUUCAACUGUUUGGAAGAAAUGUUGAUAGCUGUGGCAAUGCUCUCAGUGGAAUCUAUUUUUUAUACCCCUCGUGAGAAGUUAGAAGAGGCGAGAACUGCGAUGAAAUGCUUUUCAAGUCCAGAGGGGGACCAUAUUACCUUGAUUAAUGUAUACCGGGCCUCUGAUGAGUUUGUAGAGAAGAUCAAGCAGGGAAAUGAUAAAGAAAAGACUGAAAAAAAAUUGAGAAAGUGGUGCAAAGAAAAUUUCAUCAAUAGUCGGUCUCUGAGGCAUGCUCGUGACAUUCACAGUCAAAUUCGACGACAUGCUGAACAAAUGGGUCUUUGUGUUGCUUCUUGUGGAGAUGACAUGCUUCAGUUUCGCAGAUGCCUUGCUGCUUCCUUCUUCCUCAAUGCCGCUUUGAAGCAACCUGAGGGCACAUACAGGGCAUUGGCAAGUGGUCAGUCGGUGCGGAUCCAUCCUUCUUCUGUGUUAUUCCGGACAAAGCCAGAGUGUAUAAUUUUCAAUGAACUAGUGCAAACUAAUCAUUGUUACAUUCGCAACAUAACUAGAAUCGAUUUCUUGUGGCUACCUGAACUUGCUCCUCAAUACUAUGCUGUGCAGAAUUAGAUUAUCUGGUGUCAUUGAAUGGGCAUGGAGAGGCUAGGGGAUUUCAAUCUUUCCUGCUUCUUGCUUUGUUGUGGCUAUUUAUGACGGGAUGCAUCCAGGUGGUGGAAUUUGACUGAAACCUGAUCCUGGUCUAUCCAUUAAUGAUGAAGGAGGAACAUUUUGGAGUAUUGGGAAGUCUCUAAAGGUUUGUCCAUGUGCUGGAAUUGGGCAAUGCAAGAGGGGAAUUUUGUGGAAUAUUGGAAAAUCUCUCAACAUUUGUCCAUAUGCUGCUGUAUGCUGGCCGCCAUUUCAGGGUGGGGGACUUGUUGACUUGUUUCAAUGGACUUGGCUACUCCAAAACAAUGAAAGGCACUAGUUCACUCUAGCCAUGGGAUAAUGCUUACUUGGUGGUGCAGGCCGCCUGGUGGCUGUAGCAAUCUUGAGGAUUGGUAUGGCUGUCCCUGAGUCAAUCAAUCGCAUGUGACGGUUGAUGGGUGAUGAGUGAAGAAGGCUGUAAACUUAUAAUUAUUUCUCAUAUAUUUUUUUUUUUCUAAAAUUAUGUAUUAGUUUUAUGCAUGCUGAAACUGCCUAUGAAUGCCAGAGAUGUUUAUUGCUUAUUUA